AUGAGUGGCAUACCGCGGAUCGUUCUCUCCCACUCCGUUCCCCGCGUGGACCUUUCCGCGUGCCCGCGGAGGUCGCAGGCGGAACUGGCUGCUCGCGGACUGCUGCUUCCGCCUAAACCCGGAACCCUGAACCCGGAAAUUGGCGCAGAAACACGCGCUACGUCAGGAGGGAGCAGUCAACCCGCAAACACUGGCGGAGGCGUUCGUGAUAAAAAGGUCGAGAAAAUUCAAACCGAACAACCUGCAACGGUUGGAUCUGACGCGUCCGAGGAGCCUCGAGUAAGAUCGGACGGUGGAGAGCGUCAGUCGGUUGGAGCCGGUGCGGAGGCGAUGGCUGUAGCGGCCUGCGAUGGGGAAUCCACCUUGAGUGAUUGUAACGAGGGUCACUAUGUGGAGGUGGAAUGGAGCGUGGAGAUGGCGCGCGUGGUGCGAGUGCGACGUUUGAGCCGUCGAUUGGUGUUCCUGGAUGUCGAGAUCAUGAGCGUUGGGGAUCUGAUGAACGUAAGCGAUAUGAACGCACACGAUAUGAACACACGCGAUAUGAAGCACAUGGAGCAGCAAUCAUGCCAGCAGCAACAGCAGCAGCAACAAGAGGAGCAGCAGCGGUACGAGCCGGAUUCAUUGGAGGCUAGCGUGAAUGACGUCAGCUCCGCCGUAGUUGACGUCAGCGGCACGCUAGAAGUUGCGCUGAAGCAUCCCACAUGCCAGGACGUGCGCGCAAAUGCUCGCCACGCGCACGUUGGCCGGCUCGUGUCGCUCCGCGGCCCCCUGGUGGAUUUGCAGCCCACUAGGGCUCCUAUCAAUGCGGCUAAUAACGAGGACGCGCAAGUCCCCGCGACUUUCCGCCUGCCCCUUUUCUUCGCAGCGUCAUUAACCCCAUUCCCAGCUGCCGGCUCCGACAAGCUAACCUCCGCCGCCGCCGGCGUUGCCGCGACUGGCGGAAGGGCGGAGGGGGAGUGUGCGGAGGAGAGCGGGGAGGAGGGUCGGGGAAGCGGAAAUGCUAGCGCAGGGGCAAGCGCAGGCGCUGGGGCUGGCGCAGGCGCGUGCGCAGGCGCGGAUGCAUUGGGCUGGCGCAUAGUGGCGCCUGGGUGGGGCGUUUGGGAGAACCUGCCCGGCGGUGGGGGGAGCGACGGCGCGCGGAAGGGGGAGGGGGAAGCGGAAUGGGCGGGUGAGGUACACGACGGUGGGGGAGGAGCGGAGGGCGGAGAAGGGGGAGCGGAAGAAGGGAAGGAAGGGGAAGGAGGAGGAGUGGGAGGCAAGGGAGGAUCGGAGAUUGGGGGCAUGGGAGGGAAGGGGGAGUGGAGCAAGAAGCAAAGGUCAGACGAAGAGCAUAAACCUCAAACCCUGAAACCCUCAACCCGACACUACCUGAACUCGGGGCACUGCUCCGCCGCCCCCUUCUGCGCGCGCGCGCACCCACCUCCCGCGCUGCUCCCCCUGCUGCGCCUGCACUGGAUCGCGCACAGGCAGCACCGGCGCCGCCACUGCUGCAGCCAGGGGGAGCGGGACCCGCACAGCUCGGAGGGGAAGCGGGGGAAGCAGGUGCGCGCGGAGCUCUUUGCUGCGUGGCUCGUGGGGACGUUCGGACGGGGGAGACUGAUGGGGGAAGGCGGGGAGGCGGGGGGAAGCGGGGAUGGGGAGGACGGUGGGGAGCAAGGGGGCGGCUGGGAGGGAGGGGGCAUCGGGGAGACGGGGGAUGGAGGCGGGAAAGGAGGGGGCGGCGGGAAGGGGGUUUUAGACGUGGCAGGGGGGAGAGGGGCGCUGGCGUUUGCAUUGGAGCAGAGGCAUGGGGUGCGGGCGACUGUGGUUGACCCGCGGGGAGUGCGGCUGAACAAGAAACAGGUACGGGAGCUGAUGGGCGUUGGCAGGCUAAGGUUCCGUUUGCUGUGGUCCCCUGCUGUGUUUUUCCGGGCCGGUUUUCUGCCCGGAGGGUGGCUGUGGGCGGGCAGAUGA